GGCAACGGCGAUCGCGGCGCAGGCGGAGGACGAGCCGGCCCCAGCCCGCCGGUGCGCACCGCCCGUGGCCUCGCGCGGCCGCAGGGCACGGCUCACCGGGGAAGGAGGGAGCGACGCGGAUCGGCGGCCCGGAGCCGAGGCGGCCUCGAAGUGUGUGGAUUGUGAGCUAUUACAGAACUCAGUUCUCAGGACCCAUUAUUUUAACAUUUGGGAGAAACACAUCCAAAAGGUGUGCAGUGGACUGAGGAGGCCAGGACAAGCUGGGGACUUCAAUGACAUCAGAGCUACUUUCCAGAGACUUUCCCAACUUCCUCUCACACACAGCAGAGACUCAGCCUUGGAGGCAGAAGAUACCGAUACGUGCAUUUGGUGAACAACAAACGAUGAAGAAAUAAAAACAGCAUAUUCCCUAAGGAGUGUUACCUGCAUGCCACUGCACACCUCUGUAUUAAGGAGGGAGCUCUCCAGCUGCUCCUUGCCUAGCUGCUGAUCAGCGCUGGGGUCUGUCUUGGAAUUUGCAUGCGUCUUACCCGCCACUGCCAGAUGACAUCCUGGUCAGAAUGUGACAGCACACCAGUCUCCGACGGCUAGGGAAGGUGAUCGACUGACAUUGACUUCCUGGAGUUGGAUUGCACAGACAAAAAGAAAAGCACCCUUAAAGUGAACAGAAGCCGGGCCCCUGUGAACACGCCUAUUGAACAUGACUCAUGGAGAAGAGCUUGGCUCUGAUGUGCAUCAGGAUUCCAUUGUUUUAACUUACCUAGAAGGAUUACUAAUGCAUCAGGCAGCAGGGGGAUCAGGCACUGCCGUUGACAAAAAGUCUGCUGGCCACGAGGAAGCAGAGCAGAACUUUAACCUCCCUGGCAGUGCGUUUCCCACCUGUCAAAGCAAUGGUCCCACUCUCAGUACACACACAUACCAGGGAUCUGGCAUGCUGCAUCUCAAAAAAGCCAGACUGCUCCAGUCCUCCGAGGACUGGAAUGCGGCAAAGCGGAAGAGGCUGUCUGAUUCCAUCGUGAAUUUAAACGUAAAGAAGGAAGCCUUGCUGGCUGGCAUGGUUGACAGUGUGCCCAAAGGCAAGCAGGAUAGCACGUUACUGGCCUCUUUGCUCCAGUCGUUCAGCUCCAGGCUACAGACUGUUGCUCUGUCACAGCAAAUUAGACAGAGCCUCAAAGAGCAAGGCUAUGCCCUCAGUCACGAUCCCUUAAAAGUGGAAAAGGAUUUAAGGUGCUACGGCGUGGCCUCAAGUCACUUAAAGACUCUGUUAAAAAAAAGCAAAACCAAGGAUCAGAAGGCAGGUGCCACCCUCCCUGAUGUGACUAAAAACCUCAUCAGAGAUAACUUCGUGGAGUCACCGCACCAUGUCGGACAGAGCGGGACAAAGGUCAUGAGUGAGCCCUUGUCAUGUGCUGCGAGAUUACAGGCCGUUGCCAGCAUGGUGGAAAAAAGGGCUAGCCCUGCCACCUCACCCAAGCCCAGCGUUGCCUGCAGCCAGUUAGCACUGCUGCUUUCGAGCGAGGCCCAUCUGCAGCAGUACUCUCGGGAACACGCUCUAAAAACCCAGAAUGCGCAUCAAGCCGCAAGCGAAAGGCUCGCCGCCAUGGCCAGACUGCAAGAAAAUGGUCAGAAGGAACUAAGCAGUUUCCAGCUCCCCAAAGGGGUGUCUGGCCAUCUCAAUGGGCAGGCCAGAACGUCAUCAUCAAGCAAACCGGUGGCAAGCAAGAAUAACCCUACAACAUUUCAGAAUCCAAUGGCUGUUGUUCCCUCUUCCCCCAAAAACACGGGCUAUAAAAACUCACUGGAAAGAAACAACAUUAAGCAAGCCGCUAAUAACAGUUUGCUUUUACACCUUCUCAAGAGCCAGACCAUACCCACGCCCAUGAAUGGGCACAGCCAGAAUGAGAGAGGAAGCAGUUUCGAAGAGAGUAGCACACCCACCACGAUUGAUGACUAUUCCGACAACAAUCCCAGUUUUACAGACGACAGCAGCGGAGAUGAGAGCUCCUACUCCAAUUGCGUUCCCAUAGACUUGUCCUGCAAACACCGCGUCGACAAACCCGAAGCCGACAGGCCUGUUUCUCUUGAGAACCUCACUCAAUCCUUGUUGAACACAUGGGACCCCAAAGUCCCCGGUGUGGACAUCAAAGAAGAUCAAGAUACCUCAAAAAACUCCAAGCUGGAUUCACACCAGAAAGUCACUCUUCUCCAGCUGCUACUUGGCCACAAAAGUGAAGACAAUCCUGAAAGGAAUGCCAGCCCUCAGGAAGUCCACUGUGAUGUGACGAAGUUCAGUCCGCAGAACUACACAAGGACUUCUGUCAUUGAAAGCCCCAGCACAAACAGGACUACCCCAGUGAGCACCCCGCCGCUGCACCCUUCCGCCAAAGCCGAGUCGCCCAUCAAUCUUUCGCAGCACUCUGUGGUCAUCAAGUGGAAUUCCUCACCCUAUGCCUGCAGUACUCCCGCUUCAAAACUCACAAACGCCGGGGCUGGCCACUUGAUGGAUCUCACAAAAAGCAAAGAAUCCCCGGCAGAGAAACCAGCCCCAAGUGAAGGUGCGCAAAAUUCGGCAACCUUUAGUGCCAGUAAACUGUUACAAAACCUGGCACAGUGUGGGAUGCAGUCUUCCAUGCCUGCGGAGGAGCAGAGACCCAGCAAACCGCUGUUAGGUGGAAACCCAGAGAAACCCCUCGGUAUGAUUGAUAGGUUAAAUUGCCCUCUGCUCUCCAAUAAAACAAACGCAGCUGAAGAAAGCAAAGCCUUCAGUGGUCAGCCAGCGGGACCCGAACCGGCACUUCCUGGUUGUGAAAUAGAAAACCUGCUGGAGAGGCGCACCGUGCUCCAGUUGCUCCUGGGAAAUUCCACCAAAGGGAAGAGCGAAAGGAAAGAGAAAAUAACUUCUCGGGAUGAGGGUCCUCAGGAACAUCAUCCAGAGAGGCCUGGAAGCGAACAAAUACUGAUGGUGAAAAUCAAAUCCGAGCCUUGUGAUGACGUCCAGAUUCACAACACAAACUUGCAUUUAAACCACGACCCUAAGAGCGCCCCAUUCUUAGGUGUCGCUCCCGCCAUGCAGAGGAGUACAGCUGCCUUACCGGGGUCCGAGGACUUUAAAUCAGAGCCCGCUUCACCUCAGGAUUUUUCUUUCUCCAAGAACGGUCUGUUGAGUCGAUUGCUGAGGCAGAAUCAAGAGAGUUACCCAACAGAUGAUCAGGACAGGAGUCACAGGAGUAACGAGUUGACAAACCUCGAGUCAAAGAGCUUUUGCAUGGUCCCCAAGAAAAGGAAGCUUUAUACAGAACCACUAGAAAAUCCAUUUAAAAAGAUGAAAAAUAGUGCUGUAGAGACUUCGGGUAGCCACAAUGCCCCGGAAGUACUCUAUGGGCCCUUGCUUAGUCAGGAAGAACUGAAGUUUAGCAGAAAUGACCUUGAAUAUAAGUACCCCGCUGGGCAUAGUUCAACCAGCGAUAGUGAACAUAGGAGUUGGGCCAGAGAGAGCAAAAGCUUCAACGUCCUCAAACAGCUGCUUCUGUCCGAGAACUGUGUGCGUGACCUGUCCCCACACAGGAGUAACUCUGUUGUCGACAAUAAAAAGAAAGGCCACAAAACCAACGUGCCCAAUAACAAACCUGAAUUCAACCUUUCUUCUUUAAAUGGAUUGAUGUAUAGUUCCACGCAGCCCGGCAGUUGUGUGGAUAAUAGGACAUUUUCAUACCCAGGAGUGCUAAAAACUCCGCUGAGCCCUCCUUUCUCAGAGCACUUGGGCUGUGUGGGGUCCAGACAGGAACCUGGGCUUUUGAAUGGGUGUUCUAUGCCCAUGCCCAACGAAAAGGGACCCAUUAAGUGGGUCAUCACAGACAUGGGUAAGAAUGAAUAUGAAAAAGACUCUCCAAGACUGACCAAGACUAACCCAAUCCUCUAUUACAUGCUUCAAAAGGGAGGCAAUUCUGUUACCACUCGAGAAACACAGGACAAAGAAAUCUGGAGGGAGCCAUCAUCUGCUGAGAGUGUCUCACAGGUUACAGUCAAAGAAGAGUUACUUCCUGGAGCAGAGACUAAAGGUUCUUUCUUUAAUCUAAGAAGCCCUUACAAUAGCCAUAUGGGAAAUAAUGCUCCUCGCCCACACAGUACAAAUGGAGAGGUUUAUGGACUUCUGGGAAACGUGCUCUCGAUAAAAAAAGAGUCAGAAUAGUGUGUACCUGCCAUACCACUUUGGAUCUUUUUAAAAUUAAAUCAGUAUGAACUCGAGAUCUGUAUAAAUAAGAGCAUGAUUUGAGAAAAGCAUGCUAUAACUGAAGCUUCUUCAUUUUUGAAAGUAUUGGUUACUGGUGAUGUUUAAAUAUGCACACUAAUUUUUGCUUAACAUUAGAUGUCAUGAGGAAACUAUUGAACUAGAAGUUGGUUGUUUAAUACUUCUGUAUGCAUCAGAUAACAACUGUGAGUAGCCUACGAAUGAAACUAUUCUAUAGUCAUAAAUUAAGAGGCAUUUGUUCAAAUGCAAGACUCCAUCAAUAGUGGAUUAAUGCAGUUUACUUGUUCUCUUUAUUAGGGUACUUCAUUUCCCAUCUCAGAAGUCAGCCUACAUAACAGGUUUUUAAAGUCCAAAUUGUUGACUCUUUGAAAUAUAAUCAAAUUAAGAAAAGCCCAGAAGCCUUGUGCUGCUUCCCAUCUCAUCAGUUCAAAAGGAAGAAAAAGUAACCCGACAUUUUUCACUUUUGCUAAACAAAAAUUCUUUUUAACUCUUGCAAGGGGUUUUGAGAUUCCCACCGUGUCAGCCCCACGCCAGACCUUUUCAAAAUGGAUUUCUUUAAACCUUGUACUAUUUAGUAAAAAAUUGAUUACAAUAGAGGGGAGUUUAAUAGAUCCUUCAAAAUAAAAGACAGAUAUCCAUUUUUUUAUAUUUUGACUACUUUACUAAAUUAAUACUCCUCCUUUUACAAAAUUAGGGAAGGUAAUGUUCAUCUUCAGGCAGUUUCCUGAACAAUUGACUACUUAGAAAUAGUUUUUAACAAAAGCAAAAAUGGGUUUUCUUUGGAUGGAAAGUUAAUCCUCAUUGUUACUGUGGCACCUGUACCUCUUAGGACCAGGAUUUCUUAAUUCUGGGUACAGAAACCACAUUAGGACCGUCUGGAGUAGUUGCUUAAAAUGCAGGUUGCUAGGCAGCAUCUCAGGUCUACACAACAGGGUCUCUGCUAGACCUGGGAAUCUUCCAUCUGUACCUUGACAUGUUCUGUGUGUGUUUGAAAACCAUGGCUUACAACCUUUCCAGAACAUGGGACUAUCAAGAAACUAUUUGAUGCCUAUAUUCCCCCCUACCCCAAUACAGUACAACUCAAAAUUUGCAAUAUUGUAGUUCCUAUAUUGCCGUUAUAUCUUUGGAAAUCGGGUUCAGAAUACUUUUUAUGACAAAAAAAAAAAAAAAUCAGGUAGAGGGGAUAACUUUCCUAUCUGGGUCAACAUCUCAGGAAAAUCUGUGAUUAUUUAUUUGUUAGUAACAUUGACUUAAUUAGCCUUAGGGAUGGAAUAACAGGGCCACUUAGCAAACUCAGGUGAUCCCAGGAAGGUUGGGAAACUUCCCCUGAACACAUCCUUACCUUCUAUUCAGACCAUCUUCUGCAGACCAGUGCUUGUGAAGAUCCCAGUUUAAACCCACGAAAGAUGUUACCCUCAGAUUAUCCGACCACAGAUCAAAGGGCACGUAUCCAUGACAACCUGCACAGUCACUUCAGGACAUACAUCAAAUCACUUUAAAUAUGUAUUAAAAGUAAAUGCUGAUACUGUCUUGGAAGAACUUAAUAUAUAAUUGAGCCAUGUGGAAUUUCAAUCUUGAAAACAAGUUGGGUUUUAAGUUCAGUUUCUAUAGCCCAUAAUUCAUCCACCAGACAACAUUUUACUUUCAGUUUUGAACCAGGUUAGCAACCGACUUAUCAAAAAAAGAAAAAAAAAUUAUUGUGUACUCAACAAUUAAGUAGGAGGAAGUCUAUUUGAGGUUGAUAUAUGUACUUGAAGUUGUUUCUAAGAUUUUUUUAUAUCGAAAAAUGGACAUUAUUUCUUAAUUGUUUAAAAUUCUAAAUGGUUAUUUUUUUCUCAAGAUGAUUUGUAAAUAGUUAAUGGCUAUGUUAUAUGGUAAUUGGAGUGUAUAUUAUGCUACAUCAGAGGGAGGGACAGGUGUGUACUUAUUCUGCUAUGAAAAACUCCACUGGCCAGUGAAGAUAUUUUACUCCAUGUCCAUACUGUGACAAUCUCAUUGUCUACACUAUACAAAUAAGCUUUACACUAAGUCAUUUUUCUCUGUUAUAGUGAAAGGGUUGGAGCCUUAGAGAUACAUUAUAGGAUGCUGGUGUUCGUCCUCCCUUGGAGGCAUUGGUCUUCUUACCGUGGAGUGGCACUUAGUUCAGGGAAAUGUCCUGAGCCAACAUUGCUUUGUUUGCUUUUGUUGGAAGAAUGGGAAUAUGUAAUACAGAAAUAAAUAUGACUAUAAAGAAUGCCGUUCUGACUAACUACAGAACACCCCCACAUUGAGUUUAGAGUCAUCUUAAUGAAGAGAAAGGGCAUACAUACAUACAUUCACAAAUUUACUUUGUUUAUGUAUAUGUGGUUUCAAAUUUGCACACUUACACAUUUUCAAGGACUAUUUUCGAUAUCUAGGCAAUUUCUUCCUAAUAAAGUCAUUUGUGAAAGGGUACUACAACUUUCAUUGACAUCAAUAAGGUAGCAUUACCUGUUUAUUCUCUGCCACAUCUUACAGAAGAAUGAACUGGUGAGAGCAUAUAUUUUCUAUAUAUAUAUAUAAUGUGUAUAUAUAUAUAUUGACUUGUUACAUGAAGAUGUUAAAAUUGGUUUUUAAAGGUUAUGUAAAUAGUGAUUUCCUUAAUGAAAAAAAGACAUAUUUUGUAUUGUUCUAAUGCAACAGAAAAACCUUUUAAUUUCUUUGGUUCCUGUAUAUUCCAUGUAUAAGUGUAAAUAUAAUCAGACAGGUUUAAAAAAAUUGUGCAUGUAUGUAUACAGUUGCAAGUCUGGACAAAUGUAUAAAAUAAAACUUUUAUUUAAGUUGUGAUUAACUGCUGCAUGAAAAGUGCAUGGGGAACCCUAUGCAUCUGUGCAUUUGGCAAAAAAAAAAAAAAAAAAAGUCUUACCAAGUCAGAUCAGAUAUCCAUCCCAACCUGACAGUAUUCCAUUUCUGGACAUGAUUUCUGUGGCUUCAGCUCUGUGAGAGAUUUUGCUCUGAAUCCCAGGGUCUCAAUUAAAAAAAAAAAUCAACCACUUUUCAACAUAAAGAAUUCACACAACUUCACGGAUCAUAAAUUCCCGUUGGAAACAUUAUAACCAGGAGUACUCCAGCAUUCCUAAAUGCUGGAAUACAGGCACAGUGCCAUUCAUGGUAAGAAUUCUGGGGUUUACAGCCAGUUUUGAUGCAAUUUCCUUUAGUAACAUAAUUUGCCAUUUUUAUUAGAAAUUUAAUUUCUUCAUAUGAUGUCAUGAAUUGUACAUACUGAAGUGUGAAUUUUUGUUUUGUUUUUUUAAUCUCUUAGUGUUUAUUUCCUGCAGUGAAUUUGAAUAAAUGAGAAAAAUGCAUUGUCUCUAA